AUGAUGAUGAUGAUGAUAACUUUGCUCUCGGUCGUGUGCGUGUGUCAAUUAUCAAGAAGAAUAUCGAACAACAAGGAAAAAAAAAUCAUCAACAUCAACAUCAAUACCAACAACCACCAUCAUCAUUAUCAACUACAACAACUAGAAGUAUCAUCAACAACUAGUAAACAACUUAUUAACGAAUUGAGAGAGAUGUCAGCCCCAGCGUAUUAUGAACUUUAUAGAAGAUCAACCAUAGGAGUAACAUUAACCGAUGCAUUAGAUACAUUAAUUUCCGAUGAAAAAAUUCAACCACAAUUAGCAAAUAGAAUACUUAAUAAUUUUGAUCGAAUUAUUGCAGAAAAUUUAAAAAAUGAAAAUAAUUUAGCUAAAUCAAAAUUAGUAUUUAAAGGAGAUUUAGAUACUUAUAGAUUUUGUGAUGAUGUUUGGACAUUUAUUAUUAAAAAUGUCAUUAUUAAAUUAAAUGAUGUAUCUAAAGAUACAAGUAGUAAUAGUAAUAGCAAUAAUAAUGAUUCUUCUAAUACAACAACGUCAAAUAGUAGUGGGAAAGAUAAAGAUAAAGAUUCGGGUGAUUUAGAAUUAAAUGUUGAUAAAUUUAAAAUAGUUGCUUGUAAUUCAAGAAAAGCUGGGGAUAUAUAA